GCGUUAGCUCUGGCACAGCUAGCGAUAAAUAGCACAGCCGAGGUUGUCGCCGUUCCCGAGGAGGAGGUGGAGGAGGAGGGGCGGUGGAUAGAGCGGAGCGAAGUGCGAAAGAACCAAACGAAAUCACUUCGGAACGAGCUCCAGAUCUCUCGAAUCGGCUCGGAAAGUGGUUGCCCGAUGGGUAAGGAAGUGACAGAACAUCCAAUAGAAGAGGAAAGUAAUUUUGCUAAUGGUAAAACUUAUCAGAACAGUCCAAACGGUCCUUCUGGAUAUGUACCAUCUGAUGAACACAUGGACAACAAUCAGGAUACUUCUAAUGUCCAAGUACAUGUAUUAUCUCAAAUUAGAAAUUUGAGGAUGGAUGAGGAGACAACGAAAAAGGAGUAUGGCGAUCAGGAGUCAGUAGCAUCAAAUUCCAUUAAUGGAACUAUACAAUCAAAUCAAAGCACUUCACAUCCAGUUGCCCUUGUAAUUGAAAAGCAUGCUUCUCGAGAAAGCCAUGCCUUGGUUGCUGAAGGUGGCAUUACUGAAGAAAUAAAUUCUAUUGUGGAAUCACAAUCAUCAAAUAUUCAAAAGACUAAGGGUAACUCUAAGGUCACAUCUAGAAAGCCACAGCAUCCUGAUAGCAUAAGGCACCCAGAUGAAGAGGACUCUUGCUCCAUUGCUUCUUCCACGGCACCGUCUAUAAAAAAUAUGAAAACUAGGACAACAAUGGCAGUUGCCCCUACAUUCAGGUCCAAUGAACGUGCAGAGAGGCGUAAGGAGUUCUACUCAAAGUUAGAAGAAAAACACCAGGCUCUGGAAGCAGAGAAGCUGCAAUGUGAAGCCAGAACUAGGGAAGAACAAGAGGUUGCUCUGAGACAACUAAGGAAAAAUUUGACUUUCAGAGCAACACCAAUGCCCAACUUCUAUCGCGAGGCGCCACCCCCCAAGGUCGAAUUUAAAAAGGUCCCUCCUACUCGUGCUCGAUCACCAAAACUGGGUCGAAGGAAGAGCUGCGGUGAUUCAAGCACUCAGGUAGAAGGAGAAAAUGGCAGUGGACGCCGAGGGCAUGGUCGCCUUCAACGUCACAGUUUGGGCACUUGCAAGGAUGCUACAAACAAGUUGAACGCUACCCCCAAAUACCAGAAUCCAGUGAAUAAGCCCAGAGAAGGGAUCAAAUCUACUAGAGAGAACUCUAAGCAGCCGCUGCCCGAGAGGGCAGUGCCCCAGGCUCCAUCUGAUAUAAUCUCACCAGCCAACCCCAGUGUUUAGCAUCUGGUAUGCUGUUAUCAUCUUAAUGUUACUUGAACUUGAAAAACCCUCCUUAUAAUUUAUAGUUUCACUCCAUAUCGAACUGCCCGAUUAAGAUUUGUAGUGAUAGUGGACUUCACAUGUAUAAUGUAAAUUUUGUAGGUACCUAUAUAUGUUAGAUCAUGGCACUGGGUUUGCUGGGAUUUUA